AUGUCGUCUCGUGUGGGAUUCCGCUUCCUUAACAACAGCCGCUUUGCUUUCCGCAAUGCCACCGGUCCCUUCCGUCGGCAGGCCGGCCAGGGCUUCCGUUUCCAGAGCUCCGACGCCGGCGCCGCGGGCAAGCAGAGCUUCUUCCAGCGCAUGUGGGACAGCCCUGUUGGUGUGAAGACUGUUCACUUCUGGGCCCCAGUAAUGAAGUGGGCUUUGGUCAUCGCCGGUAUCUCCGACUUCAACCGCCCGGCUGAGAAGCUCUCCCUUACCCAGAACGGUGCCCUCAUGGCCACCGGUGCUAUUUGGACCCGCUGGUGCUUAAUUAUCAAGCCUCGCAACGUCCUGCUUGCUGCUGUCAACUUCUUCCUCGGAUGUGUUGGUGUCGUUCAGGUCACCCGUAUUUACAACUACCGCAGAAGCCUGGAAGGCUCUGAUGUCGUCGACUCUGCCAAGGAUUCUGUCAAGGAUGCUGUCUCUGCUGUCGAGGGCGCUGCCGAGGGUGCCGUGAAGGCUGUCGAGGAGAAGGUGUCUGAGAAGACCAACUAA